CCAGCCACCCAGCGCCCACGCCCCCAGGCUGAUUUAAGCGGAGGGACACGCGGGUCGUGGUCCACAGAGACACCGUCCACGCACCGUCGCGAUGUGGCUCCUGUGGCCGUCGCUCCUGCUGGCCGCGCUGCUGUCCUGCGCCGCCGAGGCUCCGUUCACUCAGCACUGUGACCCGUCAACAGAUGGCACCAUUUAUGGUUACCAGGCAACAACCCUCAACGGGAGCCGAAACAUGUCCUUCAGCGACUUCACAGGUAAGAUGGUCCUCUUCGUCAACGUGGCGACAUACUGAGGAUACACCCUACAGUAUGUAGAACUGAAUGCACUUCAAGAGGAGAUGAAACCAGCUGGACUCAGGAUUGUUGGAUUUCCCUGCAAUCAGUUUGGAAAGCAAGAACCAGGGACAAAUCAGGAAAUUCUGCCAGGUUUAAAACAUGUUCGACCAGGCAAUGGAUUUGUUCCAAAUUUCCCGCUGUUUGAGAAGGGUGACGUAAAUGGUGAAAAUGAGCAAGAGAUUUUCACAUUCUUAAAGAACUCCUGCCCCCCGGUCGGUGAGGUCUUUGGUACAGUCCCUAAUAGAUUGUUCUGGGAGCCUCUGAAACUCAAUGACAUCAAGUGGAACUUUGAGAAGUUUCUGGUGGGGACUACUGGAAAGCCGGUAAUGAGAUGGCACCCAAGUGUCAGGGUUUCUGAGGUCCGAGCUGACAUCCACAAAUACCUGCGUCAAUUUUACACCCAGCAGAUUUUUAAUUAGGAGCUCUGGUUAGUAUGGUCCAGUACCUUCAUUAACCGUUUCAAAUAUUGAAAAAAGUAAAUAGAUGUAUGCAAUGAUUUGAAUUUACUGAGGUAGAAUGGAGGAUAAGCGCUACAGAAAUGGAAUGUAACACUUUCUGCUUCACGAAGAUGGCAUGUUGAAUGAAGAAGAGGCUUGAAAACAGAAUCUGUGGUGCCUCUUUGGAGUCUGUAGGGUUCAGGCCGGCUCUUCAGUGCAUUCAGGCUGCCUUGAAAUCCCAGUGUCAUGUCAUCGUCUCAAUCCAGGAUCUGUCACAAGCCAAAUGUUAGCAACUUCCAAUAAAUCAGAACACUGCAUGCAAACUU